CCGCCGCGCCCCCUCGUUGCAGUGGUUUCUCCUGUAGCUCCCCUAGGCUGAGCGGCCAAUAGUGCAGCCCGUGGAGCCGCGGCAGCCCCUCUCCUCUGGGUGGCCCCUGCGCGCGCGCUACACUCAUUCAGCCCAGGAAGGUGAGGAGAGAGGAGGCUGGUGCAGUACUUGCAGCUCCUCUGCGGCGCCAGCCAGCUAAGCUCCGGAGCCCGGCAGACAAAAGAGGCCGCUGGGCGCAGGCAGGCACGACCCGAGGCGGGCCCGAGUGCAGUGAUGGCCGGGCGAAGGGGUCGGGCGCUGCUAGCGCUGUGCGGGACACUGGUCGCCUGCGCUUGGCUGUUGGGUGUCGAAGCCCAGGAGCCCGGGACCCCCGCGGCGGGCAUGAGGCGGCGGCGGCGGCUGCUUCAGGAGGACGGCAUCUCCUUCGAGUACCACCGCUACCCGGAGCUGCGCGAGGCUCUGGUGUCCGUGUGGCUGCAAUGCACCGCCAUCAGCAGGAUCUACACAGUGGGGCGCAGUUUCGAGGGCCGGGAGCUCCUGGUUAUAGAGCUGUCCGACAACCCAGGAGUCCAUGAGCCUGGUGAGCCUGAAUUUAAAUACAUUGGGAAUAUGCAUGGUAACGAGGCAGUUGGACGGGAAUUGCUCAUUUUCUUAGCCCAAUACCUGUGCAACGAAUACCAAAAAGGGAAUGAGACCAUUGUGAACCUGAUCCACAGCACGCGAAUCCACAUCAUGCCGUCCCUGAACCCUGAUGGUUUCGAGAAGGCGGCAUCUCAGCCUGGUGAGCUCAAGGACUGGUUUGUGGGUCGGAGCAAUGCCCAAGGAAUAGAUCUGAACCGGAACUUUCCUGACCUGGAUAGAAUAGUUUAUGUUAAUGAGAAAGAAGGUGGUCCGAAUAAUCAUCUGCUGAAAAACCUGAAGAAAAUUGUGGAUCAAAACACAAAGUUGGCUCCUGAAACCAAGGCUGUCAUCCACUGGAUUAUGGAUAUUCCUUUUGUGCUGUCUGCCAAUCUGCAUGGAGGAGACGUUGUGGCCAACUAUCCAUACGAUGAGACACGGAGUGGUAGUGCUCAUGAAUACAGUUCCUGCCCAGAUGAUGUUAUUUUCCAAAGCUUGGCUCGAGCAUACUCUUCUUUUAACCCAGCAAUGUCUGACCCCAAUCGGCCUCCGUGCCGCAAGAAUGAUGAUGACAGCAGCUUUGUCGAUGGAACAACCAAUGGUGGUGCUUGGUAUAGUGUACCUGGUGGAAUGCAAGACUUCAAUUACCUCAGCAGCAACUGUUUUGAGAUCACCGUGGAACUUAGCUGUGAAAAGUUCCCACCUGAAGAGACUCUGAAGAGCUUCUGGGAAGAUAACAAAAACGCCCUCAUUAGCUACCUUGAGCAGAUACACCGAGGAGUUAAAGGAUUUGUUCGAGACCUUCAGGGUAAUCCAAUUGCCAAUGCAACCAUCUCCGUGGAAGGAAUAGACCAUGAUAUUACAUCUGCCAAGGAUGGUGAUUACUGGAGAUUGCUUGUACCUGGAAACUAUAAACUUACAGCUUCAGCUCCAGGCUAUCUGGCAAUAACAAAGAAAGUGGCAGUUCCUUAUAGCCCUGCUGUUGGGGUUGAUUUUGAACUGGAGUCAUUUUCUGAAAGGAAAGAAGAAGAGAAGGAAGAGUUAAUGGAAUGGUGGAAAAUGAUGUCAGAAACUUUAAAUUUUUAGAAAGACUUCUAAUUAGCUACUUUUAAUCUAUUCAUAUAUAGCAUAGUAUGAUGUAAUGUGGCCAUUUUCUUUUAGAUUUGGUGCAGUUAAUAUUCAACAUUGAUUUAUUUUUAAUCAUUAAAUAUUAAUCAUCAUUACUUAAAAUACAUAAUUAGACCCUUAGGUAAAAAUAUAAGAACUUGAUCUAUUUCAUUCUCUUAUGUAACUUUCAUUUUCCUGUAUGUAUUAAGCAGAGGACUGUAGAAAAGUUGUAAGUCAUUUUGCAAGCUUGAACUUAAACGCAAUAUUCCAUGUGUUAUUUACAAUAGAGAACUUUCUGAGUAAUUUUGGCUUUUACAACUUAGUGAAGUCCUAAUAUAAUUAGUGGCAACGUCACAUAAUGAAUGCCAUUGAAAAAGUCAAUGCAUACAGUUUAGGAUUGUGAGCAUUAUGCUGCAAGACUUAACUAUAGUUCAGUAUAAAUUGUCAUUUGUCUCUUGGGCUGACCAGCUCUAUAAGCAUGAUCUUGUUAAUGUACUUUUGUUGGGAAGAAAAUGUAAAUGUUUACCAAGAAGUUUUAUGAAGGGAAUGGAAAUUGAUGUCUUGCUUGUACAAAUAGAGACAAUGCAGUUAUAUUAUUCAGCUACACUACUUCAAGGUUUAGUGUUUUCUCUUGGGUGAUGAUUGGCCCAGAAUUGCAUUCCAAAUGAAUAAAGGUU